UUGUGUUGAUUUCUUUUAGUGGGCUGUCAAAAAUACUUCUAUUUGUGAGGAAACAAAGUUUGCGAGAUAAGCAAAAUAAUAAUUAUUAAUUUUUAAAUACAAGUGACAGCUACAUAAUUUUGUAUCUUUUCGAAAGAAGGAAAUUGCAUUUAAAGCAAAAACAUAACCGACAACGAAUAAGAUGCAGAACGAUAUAAUAGAUCCGGGAAAUUCGGGAGGUUUAAAUCACCGGCAACGUAGCACAGAUGUGGCGGGAACUAGUGGCAAAGAGCAAACAAAGCCCGACUAUUCGUGCAUACGUUGUAAAACUGCACUGGUGGCCCCCAACGAAGAUCAGUACGAUGCCCUCAAAAGGAGACUUCAAGAGCGUAUGUCCGAGAGCCGUGGAGAAACCGUGUUCGAGAUCGGAGUUGGAGAAGACGGCGGUGAGAGCGGCUUGGAUCCUGAAGAAUAUGCUGCGUCACUGGCAACUCUGCAAACUCUGGUCAAAAUACUAAAUGCCGACUGUGUUGAACUGCGAACGAAAGGAGAAAAUGGAAUGACCGGACAAUAUCUGGUGCGCUCCAAGGUCGAUGAUAACGAUUUCACCGAGAUCCGCGUAGCUGUAGUGGGAAAUGUGGAUGCUGGAAAAUCCACUCUCCUAGGUGUGUUGACACAUGGUGAACUGGACAACGGCCGCGGUUUCGCUCGACAACGUUUAUUUCGGCACAAACACGAAAUCGAAAGUGGACGGACAAGUUCUGUUGGAAAUGACAUUCUUGGAUUCGAUAGCGUGGGUAACGUGGUAAAUAAACCCGAUCACGGAACUCUGGAUUGGGUGAAAAUUUGCGAAAAAUCUGCCAAAGUUAUCACAUUUAUUGAUCUCGCUGGACACGAACGAUAUUUGAAGACAACGGUUUUCGGAAUGACGGGUCACGCUCCAGACUUCGGGAUGUUGAUGAUUGGAGCCAACUCAGGAAUUGUGGGCAUGACCAAAGAGCAUCUUGGUUUGGCUCUAGCUCUCUCUGUCCCGGUGUUUGUGUGUGUCACCAAAAUUGACAUGUGUCCGCAACAAGUUCUAAAAGACAAUCUAAAGCUACUCUAUAAAAUCCUUAAGUCCCAAGGAUGCCGCAAAGUCCCAGUCAUGGUGAAGACGAAAGAUGAUGUUGUGCUCAGUGCAACCAAUUUUGUUUCGGAACGUCUUUGUCCAAUAUUUCAAGUCUCUAACGUUUCCGGCGAAAAUUUGGAUCUGCUGAAGAUGUUUCUUAACUUACUUGUUGUUCGAUCAACAGGGAACGAUAACCUACCAACGGAAUUCCAGAUUGACGACACUUAUGCAGUCCCGGGUGUUGGAACAGUUGUUUCUGGAAUUACUCUUCAAGGCGUGGUUACUCUCAACGAUGUACUGUUACUUGGACCUAACCCUCUUGGAGAUUUCACACCCAUUACGAUCAAGAGCAUACAUCGCAAACGCAUGGUGGUAAGUGAGGUUCGUAGUGGCCAGACAGCAAGCUUUGCGAUGAAGAAAAAGGUGAAACGAUCGCAGAUCAGGAAGGGCAUGGUAUUAGUUAGCCCAGAGGUCAAUCCGCAGGCUUGCUGGGAAUUCGAUUGUGAGAUUUUGGUUCUUCAUCACCCCACCACGAUCUCCAGUAAAUAUGGCCGCUGGUCAGCGAUGGUACACUGUGGAAGCAUUCGGCAAACGGCUCAAAUUCUCCAGAUGUCCAAGGAAUGCCUUCGGACAGGAGAUAAAGCAGUUGUCCGCUUCCGGUUUAUUAAGAAUCCAGAAUACAUGAAGCCUGGGCAGCGGAUGGUCUUUCGGGAAGGUCGUACAAAAGCGGUGGGAAAUGUUAUAACACCGUUAUAUACGGCAGGAUCUGUACAGCAACGCUCCAAACCGAACAAGAUGCAAGGACGAAUGGGAUCCGCCAUGAAUCAGCAGCAAAUGGCGUCGAAACCACUAUCGAAAAGUACGAACGAUGCAGCACUGGAGGAACAACCAUUGGGGAAUUCGGAGGUGUUAGAUAUUGGUGUGGACAAACGAAACAGAGCAGUAACCACACACAAAAAGCAUCGUGCGGCAACUGAGAGCGCUAAAGAGUCUUUGACGAAUUCCCCACAACAAACGCCGCAUUACAAUGAUGCAAUUUCUGUAACAAUUAACUAAAUCCUUUGUGUUGAACU